ACGGCAGUUCAUUGGAACGAAUGCGUCAAUAGAGCCGCCAUCUUGGAACAGGGGACCCCCUCCUCUUUAAUGCAUCAGCGUCAAUGUAGGCAAAGGUCUAACGGAAAUAAAAUCACCAUAAAUCGUCAUGAAUGCGAUUUUCUAGUUUUUUUGGUUCGUUCCAACGAUUCCUUUCGUUUGAACAACCAAAUGCAGCACAGAAGUCCGGCAUCGUCCAUGCAUUUGAGGUAAAGGAGCACCGUACAAAGAUGGCGGCGGUUUUGACGCAUUUUUAGGACCCUAAUGCGACAUCUAGUGUAUAGAUAUCUAUGGGCGACAUCUGUAUUAAGGAACGACUCGCAUACUAUUGGCUGUAUCAUACUUACGUUACGUCAUGUCACGUUUAUUACGGAAGGAUUAACCAAUCAGCGCGCAGUUUAUCCUAAAACGGGUUGGGAAAGUAAAUUCCGUGUCUUGUGGGGAUUCUGAAGACCAACCGAUUUUAUAAACAAGCGGUAGUGAAAAAACACGAAAGAGAAUUUGUUGAUCUUUAUCAGGAAUCAGUAAAGUGUAUUAAAACACGGUUGUUUGGUGUGUAUCGGUGUGCGAACUGCUUUCUGUCUUCAUUGCGUCAGCAACAACGUGCUUCUGUUCGAAUGACUGCUGAACUGUGAGCUAAAGCUUAAAGGUUUCACUUCUGAACAACUGCUUCUGUAAUAUUUUGGAGCAAAAAACACUCAGCUUUGGAAAUACACAAGACAGGAAUCUGCAAUAUGGAUGAAGGAGAGCUGGUCGAGUAUUUCAGGACGCAGAUGAGCCAAGAUCCAGAUGUGGCCUCUGCUGUGGCAGCCAUCCGCUCUCUGUUAGAGUUCCUGAAGAGGGAUCAGAGUGAGACCAUUUUGGGCCUAAGAGAGAACUUGACCAAAGCCAUCGGCAGGCUGCAGGAGGCCGAUUCCUCUGUGGCUGUGUCAUCAGGAGGAGAACUCUUCCUCCGAUUCAUCAGCCUCACAUCACUGGAGCAUCCAGAUCUCUCCCAGUGCAAGAACGUCAUGGUGGACAGAGGAGAACUUUUUCUGAAGAAGAUUUCUUUGUCCCGAGGCAAAGUGGCCAAACUUUGCCACACGUUUAUUAAAGACGGGGCUAAAAUCCUCACACACUCCUUGUCAAGGGUUGUGCUGAAAGUUCUGGAAAGCGCAGCAGCUGACAAGAAACGUUUUACUGUCUAUGUCACAGAAUCACAGCCAGAUUCAUCUGGUCACUUCAUGGCCGAAAAGCUGCGAAGACUCAAUAUCCCAGUUACAAUAGUUCUCGACGCUGCAGUCGGAUACAUCAUGGAGAAGGUCGACCUGGUGAUUGUUGGUGCUGAGGGUGUUGUUGAAAGUGGAGGCAUCAUAAACAAGAUCGGCACCUAUCAGAUGGCUGUGUGCUCCAAAGCGCACAACAAGCCGUUUUAUGUCGUGGCAGAGAGUUUCAAGUUUGUUCGCCUUUACCCGCUCAACCAGCAGGAUGUGCCUGAACGGUUUAAGUAUAAAGCAGAUACGCUGAAAACUGCAGAGGACUUUAACCAGGAGCAUCCGAUAAUCGACUACACACCUCCGUCUCUCAUCACUCUGCUUUUCACUGACCUGGGUGUGUUAACCCCUUCGGCGGUCAGCGAUGAGCUCAUCAAGCUUUAUUUAUAAUGCUCUCUCAUAUCAAAUCAAGAUCCUCCUGACCUCGAUGCCACCUCUCCUUCGCUCAGAACCAACCACCUUUAUAACGUCCUGGAUUUGAAUAGUCGUACUUGACAUACAGGUGAAAAGCGUUUCACUGUACAACAAACACUGACAAAGCAAGACAAUGGCAUCUUUCUGGUUCUUGCAUCGUUCCUAUUUAAAGUCAAAAUAAACAAUAAAAUGUGAAAUUUUGAUGGACAGAAA